CCUGGGGAGGGCUGCAGGGGUCCCAGUACAGUUGGGACAGCAUGAACAAUACGAGGGAUGCCCGGGACUUCCUUACCAGCCAGGGGUCCCAGAGCAGCUCCCUGGAGGAGGUCCAUCUGGAUGGUAUCCCCCCAGCCCCUCGCCUGGUGGAGAUGAGGCGGGAUCCGGUUUUGGGCUUUGGUUUUGUGGCGGGCAGCGAGAAGCCAGUGGUGGUGCGGUCAGUCACACCAGGUGGUCCGUCGGAGGGGAAGCUGCUGCCCGGCGACGAGAUCAUCAUGAUCAACGACGAAGCCGUCGGCUCGGCUCCCCGGGAACGAGUCAUCGAUCUCGUCAGAUACUUGAACUCCCCCAGGAGCUGCAAGGAAUCCAUCCUGUUGACCGUCGUUCAGCCGUAUCCUUCUCCUAAAUCAGCGUUUAUCAGCGCAGCCAAAAAAGCCAUGCUCAAGUCCAAUCCGGUCAAAGUGCGCUUUGCUGAGGAGGUCAUUAUAAACGGCCAGGUUCCAAACCCGGUGAAGGACAACUCCCUCCUGUUCAUGCCUAAUGUCCUCAAGGUGUACUUGGAAAACGGGCAGACGAAGUCCUUUCGCUUCGACAGCAGUACCUCCAUCAAGGAGGUGAUCCUGACCCUGCAGGAGAAACUGUCGAUCCGCUGCAUCGAGCACUUCUCCCUGGUGUUGGAGGAGAAGACUGAAGGCUCUGGAAGCAAACUGCUUCUCCUACAUGAACAGGAGAUGCUUACUCAGGUGACCCAGAGGCCUGGCUCCAACAAGAUGAAGUGUUUUUUCCGAAUCAGCUUCAUGCCCAGAGACCCCGUGGAGCUGCUCCGAAGGGACCCCGUGGCGUUUGAAUACCUCUACGUACAAUGUUGCAACGACGUGGUUUUGGAGCGCUUCGGCCCGGAGCUGAAGUACGACGCCGCGCUGCGAUUGGCCGCCCUGCAGAUGUACAUCAUCUCCAUGGCCACCAGACAGAGUCAGAAGGUCUCGCUCAAAUACAUCCAGAAGGAGUGGGGUCUGUCGCUGUUCCUGCCUCCGACUGUGCUGUCCAGCAUGAAGGAGAAAAACAUCAAGAAGGCUCUGACGCACAUCCUCAAAACCAACCAGAACCUUGUGCCUCCGGGGAAAAAACUGACUGCGUUGCAGGCCAAGGUGCACUACCUGAGGUACAUCAGUGAGCUCAAACUAUACGGAGGAAGAGAGUUCACGUCAAUACUGUUGCAAUGUGAGAAACAGACUGAGGUGAUGCUGCUGGUGGGCCCGCGAUACGGGAUAAGUCACGUCAUCAACGCCCGGACCAACCUCGUGGCCCUGUUGGCCGACUUCAGCCACGUCAACCGCAUCGAAAUCCUCACCGAGGACGAGACCAGCGUCCGGCUGGAACUUCAUGUUCUGGACGUCAGACCCAUUACACUGAUCAUGGAGGCAAGUGAUGCGAUGAACCUUGCCUGUCUAACAGCGGGCUACUAUCGCCUCCUAGUGGACUCACGGAGAUCUAUUUUCAACGUGGCCCACAGCAAUAGCACAGGAGAGGAUGAUGCUGGUCAGGAUCGUGUCCUGGAGUGGCCGUACAGCACCUCCAUGGGGAACAACGAGGAGCCGACGCAGUGCGAGGUCUACGACCGAGACAGUUCAAACAAUGGGCAGAGGGAAAACAGCAUCAGUCCAUAUUUUCCUAAAGCCCCAAAUCUGGAAAGUGACCUUGGGAUGAGGAGAAGUCCUGUACCACCUCCACUUCCCCCUUCUACUAGACACAAAACUCAGGACUCGCCUCGGAGCGCCAAAGUGUCAUUUAUUUUUGGGGGAAACCCACCCCUGAACAGACCGAAAAACUAUGACAUAGUGCCAGAGAGCCCUGAGUCAUCAGACCCCUUCCAGUUCGAUCUUACGCAUGUCUACAGCAACAUCAUUACUGAGGAAGGGGGUGAGGAACCACUGCUUAGAGAUCUGUUUGAUCCUGAUACAACGGACGAUGCAGAGGACGACGAUGAAGCGUCCUGUGAAGAAGACUCCACGGGAGGGACACCGGUGAGCGAUAACGCACAAGGACGUGAUGCAGACUGCGACAACCAAAGAGGCAAAGCUACUUUUCUGACGAUGUCCGGUUCCACUGACGAUAUCAUCGACCUGACGUCGUUGCCCCCUCCGGAAGGAGACGACGGCGUUGACGAUGAUGAGGACGACACCCUUCUGCAGACGUUAAACCUUGCGAUUGCUGCUCCACCGCCGGACUUUCAGGACAGUGCAGAGGAGGACACGGCUCCAGAGGGACGGCCUCUGAGCACACGCGAUAAUGACGAUAUGCCGGUGUCAUUAAUUGAUGCUGUUCCGACACAUGGGGAGGGAGAAGGGAGCAGAGGUGGCGAAAGAAGACUGGAGAAUGCCGUCAUGAAUACUCUACAAGCACUGGAGGAUCUCUCUGUUUCGGAACAAAGACCCCCUCCACCGCCUCCCAACCGAAACAAUACAGGUGUUUACACAUCUCAAGGUUUUAGCCCAGCAUCAUCCUCAGAUUCUGGCAACGAGACCAACUCUUCGGAGAUGACCGAAAUUUGUGAACUAGCCGCUACUCACAGACUAAACGAAAGCCACAUGCGUUUAUUGGUGGCCACAAGGGAAGGAUAUCAGCCACUACUUGAGGAGAAAACUGAGUUUCCAGUCUCACCCAAUUCGUGUAACGCAACAAAUAAAAAAAACCAUAGCCCGACAAGAAGUCUUCAUCCUCCAGCAGUACCGCCAAGAAAGAGCCCACAGUUAGACGCAACGCUCUCAGGGCAAGAUAGAUUGGAGGUGAAACCCCAGACUAGUCUUUCACUUACCCUCCAGCGUCCAAGUUCUACCACGCUAGGACUCAAGCAUCAUAAAAAGUCUGCAGAUUCCAGUGGAAAGUACAACACCUUUAGCACAAGGGAAGUACACCGAGGUGAGAGUAGUAGCAGACGAAACUAUCUUGACUUGAACCAGCGUUCUGCAUUCUCUGAGCAAGAUGAGAACCAAGGGAGACAGAACUCUUUUAUGGCUGAAUGUUCUGCAGCUGAGAGCAUGGGCGUGAACAGCCUUCCUCGUGAACACUGCAGAAAUUUACGCCCUUCUUCCAUUGUUUCUGAUCACUUCUCAGAUGUGGGCAACAUGGGGGAUUGUGCCUCGGACAAUGGUGCUACAGCUGCCGAGCAGGAUGAACAUUUAGUUGUAGCGUCGCUGCUUUCCCCAUCCCGAAAAUCCAGAUCGUCUGACCAAGGAUCCGACACACAAAGUGACCAUCAGACAAUUUCAAGACAACAGAGUGUUGCGCGGUUGUGUGAGUACCAUUUAGCAAAAAGGAUUUCAAAUUUGCAAGGAGAAGCCCACAGUUCUCUGCAAGGCUCUCUGUGCUCGUCGCUGGAUGCUGGUGGAAGCACCAACAGUAGUGCGUGUGCCACACCAACUGACUCUCCUCUCGGUCCUGGUGCAGUUCAGUCCAAACAUCCCCGUUUGCAAAAGCACCCACUUUCAAGCUCUUCUUCCUCACUACUAAGAGCGGUAAACUGUGAAGAUAAACCUGGAAUCCCACUUGGAUUCCCUGGACAGAGCACUCAAGGCAAAGACCCCCAUCCACAUGCAGACCCUGCCCUACUUCGAAAAAUGCUUCCCAACAUUCAUCCUCCUCUUGCUGGUAUGGAAUCAAACCGACCCUCCUCAUCUACUCCAUCUAAGCAUAAAGACAUGGCAGGCAUAGGAAAUAAGAAGCUACACAAUGACAUUCAUGCAAAACAGGCCUGCUUUAAGGGACUUAAUCCAAAGGAAGGGAGCGAGGCCUACAAACAACUGAUUAACUAUUUAACAGUCAGCCAGAUGCAUCAGGGAGGAAAGCUCCACAGUGCUGGAAUGGGAGGGGCAGUGAAAAAAGACACCAGACGUUUUAUCACCAGCAACCCUCAGCUUGUUGAAAUGGUUAAAAAUAGGGGAAAUGCCACCGCUCGCUGUCAAUGUACGCCUUCGACUACAUCAUCCCCAUUUGUCAGCCCUAAUAUAGUAACUCCUCACUCAACCACCUUGCAGGUAGCAACAAAAAAUCCACAGUCAUACCAUUCAGCCACACUUCCAGCUAAACUCAAGAGAAGUCCUGAUAUGCAUGCUCAGCGACGGAACGAGGGUUUAGAUUUUAGAAAAGCAACCUCUGAGAGGAGGAGCUCAUUUUCUGGUCUGGAAAAUGAACUUGGUGGAAGUGGCAUGGAUCCAGAGCAUUUUCUUUCACUCUAUAAAAAACAGGAUUGCAAUACCAGAGACGGGGCAUUCAAUUCAAGUCAAAACUUUGAAGGUACCAAUAAUCGACCCCCACCGCGGUCAAGAAGCCAACCAAGUAGCAGCACAGAAGACUGGUUCAAAUCAGAUCUGAGGUCAGUGCAUCAAACUCACCUUUGUCCGAAUGAUUCCUUUUGUAUCUCUGCUGCUCCCAGUUUGAGUGGCCAACGUGCAGACCUCAGUGCCAUGUCACUAGGGAGGGGAGAUCAUCCAUCAGCUUUUGUCAGGCAGUCAUCUAAUAGCAUUAGAGCUAAUGUUUCAUCUCCUGGACCUAAUGCACAAUAUCCACCACCACCACCCCCACCACCUCCUCCACCUCUCCCCUCACAAGCAAACUCUAUCUCCAGUAACUCGGUAUGCCUGCAAGAUCCCCUUAAUUCAAGCCAGUUUCGACAGAACCACAUUCAGACUGUGAUGCCAACCCUGUCACAAAUGGAUUCCUUCAGCAGUAGCAUGCAACGAGGCAGGGAGCUCAAGCGCAGUUCAAGCAAUGUGACUCCCAGUUCCGGAAGUGUGGAAGUUUUGUUUGACAAGCCCACACGUAGCCGGAGCCAGCAGCCCUUGUCAGUACCUAUGUCCCAGCAAGGUGAUACAAAAGUUCAACGGAGACCAACAAGGAAACGUCUGUCCAAGAGCUACUCCCAAGGAUCUGUAUCUUCUCACACCACAUGCUGGUCUACAGGCAGUAGGGUAGACAGUAGAAGAGCAUCUGUUGCAUUUCCAUUACAGAAAGACUCAAAACACAUGAAGGGCUCUCAAAAACUGGACACUAGUCCUUGGAGAUGCAAUGGGCCCUUUAGCUACUGUUUCUUUAAACGUAAGAGUGAAGGUGAAGAGGAUGAUACUGAGUGGGAGAGACCCAGAAGAAUUCGUGGCGGGGUCAGUUUUGACAACAAUGUUACAGUUACGUCAUCUGCGUCCCCCUGUGGUUCAGUAAUAGAUGCUGCAGGGGAGCAACUGUAUGGAGAGGUCCUCAACAACAUGAGCUUUAGUGACCGUCUGGCACGAAUCAACGCUCUCAAGGACCACAUGUAUACCUUUCCUUCUGGCUUCAAUGAUGUCCGCCGUGAUGCUAGUGAGCUCAUUGCACUGGUGAGAUCCAGCAUAGGCCGAUGUGAUCGGGGAAUUCAGAUGCCUAUACAGGAUGUGUCUCAGUACAAGCAGCUUCUGUCUGUUGAGUCAAAAGAGUUAGGCCGGGCUUGCCGAAGAAUGGCACAAGCCCACAGUAGUCCAGAUGAAAUGCUCCUAGCUGUAACAUGUAGCUUUCAGGUGCUAUGCUGUUUGUGUGAAGCUUGCAUGUGUCUGGUUAGGGGACUCGGAGCCUCAGCCACACACCAACAAAGAGAGGUUGUCGCAAAGGUUGACGAAGUUGUUAUGAACUAUAUUUGUUUGCUGAAGGCUGCUGAAGCUGCCACCGUAGGAGCACCAGGGGAGCACAGUGUGAAAGCCCUGGUCCGCCACUCCAGUACAAUGUCAGCCAUUGCUAAUGCACUCACACGCUCCCUUAAAACGCUGCUAAGCAAAUAG